AUGUUCUCCAAAAUCGUAGCCCUUAGCGCUGUGCUGGCCGCUGCCAACGCCGGUUUCUUGAACCUGCACCAUGCGCCCGCUGUUUCAUCCCAGAGCAUCAUCCGCCACGACAGCCCAGUCCACUACGCUGCCCCAUUGGUUCACGCUGCACCAGUAGUACACGCUGCCCCCAUUGUCCACGCUGCUCCCAUCGUUCAUGCUGCACCAGUCCAUGUCGCUCAUGAAUACUCUCACCCUAAAUACGACUACUCGUACUCCGUCGCUGAUCCCCACACCGGUGACCACAAGUCCCAGCACGAGAGCCGCGACGGUGGUUCCGUACAUGGAAGCUACUCCCUGGUCGAGCCUGACGGUUCCGUACGCAAAGUAGAAUACACCGCUGACGACCACCACGGUUUCAACGCCGUUGUCCACAAGACCGCUGGACACCACCCUGCCCCUGUAGUCCACGCCCCUGUCUUACACGCUGCCCCUGUCCACGUCAUCGCUCCCCUGGCGCACGGACAUCAUGGCCACUACUAA